AUGCGAGUGUGUGUGAAGCAGGCAAGAAGGUUGCGCAAAUCAGGACAGAUAGACGUACACACCGACAAACUGACAGAGCAGCGAAUAAACACAUGGACGCACGGACAGACAGACGGGCUGGGGCCCACUUGCCAUUACCGCUUGACUGGCUUGACGUUUUGCCUUUCCACCUCAGACCAGUCGAGUCCACGCGUCAUGGCGUCAUGGAUUCUUGGCUUCAUGGCUUCAUGGCGUCAUGGCGCCGAGGAGGUAAGAGGGCAGCACUGCGCUCCUCCCCGGUCGGACGAGCAGCAGCCCAUUUCGGCCGGACGUCCGACAGUGUGUGUGUGUGUGUGA